AUGUGGCGCCUGGUGCCCCCGAAGCUGGGCCGCCUGUCCCGCUCGCUGAAGCUGGCGGCGCUGGGCAGCCUGUUGGUGCUGAUGGUGCUGCACUCGCCGUCGCUGCUCGCCUCCUGGCAGCGCAACGAGCUGACCGACCGGCGCUUCCUGCAGCUCAAUAAGUGCCCGGCGUGCUUCGGCACGAGCUGGUGCCGUCGCUUCCUCAACGGGCAGGUGGUGUUCGAAGCGUGGGGCCGCUUGCGCCUGCUGGACUUCCUCAACGUGAAGAACGUCUACUUCGCGCAGUACGGCGAGCCCCGCGAGGGCGGCCGCCGCCGAGUGGUGCUCAAGCGCCUCGGCUCGCAGCGCGAGCUGGCGCAGCUCGACCAGAGCAUCUGCAAGCGGGCCACCGGCCGGCCCCGCUGCGACCUGCUCCAGGCCAUGCCGCGCACCGAGUUCGCGCGCCUCAACGGCGACGUGCGCCUGCUCACGCCCGAGGCGGUAGAGGGCUGGUCGGACCUGGUGCACUGCCCCUCGCAGCGCCUACUUGACCGCCUGGUGCGCCGCUACGCCGAGACCAAGGACUCGGGUAGCUUCCUGCUCCGCAACCUCAAGGACUCGGAGCGCAUGCAGCUGCUGCUGACCCUGGCCUUCAACCCCGAGCCGCUGGUGCUACAGAGUUUUCCAUCUGAUGAAGGUUGGCCAUUUGCAAAAUAUCUUGGGGCUUGUGGAAGAAUGGUGGCUGUCAAUUAUGUUGGAGAAGAACUUUGGAGUUACUUCAACGCACCAUGGGAGAAACGAGUUGACCUUGCCUGGCAGUUAAUGGAAAUAGCCGAGCAGCUUACAAACAAUGACUUUGAAUUUGCACUCUACCUCCUGGAUGUCAGCUUUGACAAUUUUGCAGUUGGUCCUCGAGAUGGGAAGGUAAUCAUUGUGGAUGCUGAAAAUGUUUUGGUUGCUGACAAAAGAUUAAUUAGACAAAAUAAACCUGAAAACUGGGAUGUAUGGUAUGAAAGCAAAUUUGAUGACUGUGAUAAGGAGGCUUGCUUAUCAUUUUCAAAAGAAAUUCUUUGUGCCCGUGUUACUGUGGACCACAAUUAUUAUGCUGUUUGUCAAAACCUCUUAUCCAGACAUGCCACCUGGCGUGGCACUUCUGGAGGACUCCUCCAUGACCCACCAAGUGAAAUUGCCAAAGAUGGCCGCCUCGAGGCCUUACUGGAUGAGUGUGCCAACCCAAAGAAGCGCUAUGGCAGAUUCCAGGCAGCAAAAGAACUGCGGGAAUAUCUAGCACAAUUAAGUAACAAUGUGAGGUAGUCUAUGGUGAACUUUUUUUUUUUUCCUUUCUUCAUUUAAACAGCACUGGCAAAACAACCACCAAAAACUAUCUGGAAAAAUUAAAUUUGGAAGUAUUACAUUCAGAGGAUGAUAAACUUGCACUGAUAGAUCUUACAUUAACAUCCAUCAAAAUAAGACAUUACUUCAAAAUUCACAUGAUGCUUCUGCAAAUAAGUAUGUUCCUAUACUUUGGAAACUUGAGGUAUCAUUGACUGCUUUGUCCCCCUCCCCCCCUGCCUGGGUGGAUUAAUGAAUAUUGUUAAGCUAUUGGAAAUGAGUCUGAUAGUUAUGUUGGCUGUGUAUCAAAGGAUACUUGGUAACUUAGUUUGCAUUACUAUCAUGAUUUUGUGAAUCUCUUGCAUUUUACUUUGAAUGUCAAGUUAGAUUGGCCUGUUUUAUAGGCCCCUUUUCCUUCUGGUGUAUAGGUUGUUUUUUUUUUUUUUUUUUUUCCGCCGUUUUUAUGGGUUUUUAAAUUAAAUUUUACACAUUCAGGUUACUGUAGAUGUUCAUUUAAAUUUUAAUUAGUGUUCAUUCAGUGCUAUGCGGUACAUAUUUACUGUUAGGGCAGGAUUCCCAGGUUUACUCUGUUUUUUCAGAAAGCUGAAUAUUUUAUUAUGUAAAUAAUUUUCCCCUCACCUGUGGUUUUACCAUUGCAUGAUAUCAUUUCAGGUUAUUAAAAGUUACAUCCCUCUAUGCCAAUAAUUAUAAUGUACACUGAACAUGAAGUGUAGCAUAUGUUGCAAAAUGUCACACUAAAUGGCUUUAACAAGUGUAUACUAUAUACUAGCAAUCUACACCUUGAUGGUAAUUUUGGUUCAGAAAUAAGUAAACCAGUAUUUUAAAAAAUUCAGCUAACCCAAGAUAGUAAUUCAUAUGCCAAAGAAAUUUUAGACUUCGUCCUAUGUUUAGAAUUUAAAAUAGAAUUCACCUUCCUACCUUUCUUAUCCAGUAUCUUUGCUAUCAUUAAAAUCAAAUCUCCCUGGCAAUUAAACUCCUGCUUUCAAGAAUAUGUAACUUAAAGAUAUUCAUUGGUAGUUUUGCAGAAUUAACAUGAUAGUCAUAAUUUGAGUGUAAUCAGGUAUUAGAAUCUUUUAUUUAUUUAUGGACCAGUAAUUUUUAUCAUGAAGCUAGUCUGCCCACUGGGGGCUUCCUCCAAUUGCUAAACAUCAAAACUCAGUCUGUGGAUAAAAACUAACAAAUGUGUGAAUUUUGUAGUCUAUUUAAAAAAAAAAUCUAUAAGUUGACUAUCACUAACAUAGGUAAUAUUUUUCUGUUUGAAGCUAUUUUGUUUACAGCAAAAUUUGGUGUAGUAUGCAGUACUUAGUUCUAGACUGACUAUCUAAGUAAAAAAAAGUAAUUAAUUAUGCACAACCAAAGCCAAGUUUUGCUUUUUCAUUAAUUGAGCAACUAUUUAUUGAACAUCAACUCUGUGCCAGGCACAUUAGUAGCUGCUAUACAUCUUCUGAACAUAGACAUGUUUAAGUAACUUCAUCAAGUAUUUUAAUGUAGGUAUUUCUUACAUUGUAAAAGCAUUAAUUAGUAUGAUGCUUUCCCAUUAUUUGAUUAUUGUGAUAGAAAUUCUACUUGCACUACCUAAAAUUAGAUUGCUACACACACACACACACACACACGCACACACACACAUACAGGCAGAUGAAAUCAAUAUUUAAUUCCAGUUUA